GGUGGGCUGAAAAAUAGCAAACAUGAAUGCACCCUGUCUUCACAAGAGUAUGUCCAUGAAUUACGAUCUGGCAUUUCUGAUGAGAAACUUCUUAACUGCCUGGAAUCGUUGAGGGUUUCUUUAACCAGCAAUCCUGUCAGCUGGGUUAACAACUUCGGUCAUGAAGGUCUGGGACUCCUUUUAGAUGUGCUGGAAAAGCUCCUGGACAAAAAACAGCAAGAAAAUAUUGAUAAAAAGAAUCAGUAUAAACUUAUUCAAUGCCUCAAAGCAUUUAUGAAUAAUAAGUUUGGAUUGCAAAGAAUUCUGGGAGAUGAAAGGAGCCUUUUCCUAUUGGCAAGAGCAAUUGACCCCAAACAACCCAACAUGAUGACUGAAAUAGUAAAAUUACUCUCUGCUAUUUGUAUUGUUGGAGAAGACAACAUCCUAGACAAACUUUUAGGGGCUAUUACGGCAGCAGCAGAAAGAAAUAACAGGGAACGAUUUUCACUAAUUGUGGAAGGAUUAGAAACUCAUGAGGCCUUGCAGUUACAGGUGGCAUGCAUGCAGUUGAUAAAUGCCCUUGUCACUUCUCCAUAUGAUCUUGAUUUUCGAAUACAUUUAAGGAAUGAAUUCCUUCGUUCAGGCCUCAAGACAAUAUUACCAGAUCUCAAAGAAAAAGAAAAUGAUGAACUUGAUAUUCAAUUAAGAGUGUUUGAUGAGAAUAAAGAAGAUGACAUAACUGAACUAUCACACCGUCUCAAUGACGUUCGAGCUGAAAUGGAUGAUAUGAAUGAAGUAUACCAUCUUCUGUAUAAUAUGUUGAAAGACACUGCUGCUGAAACUUAUUUUUUAUCCAUUCUACAACAUUUUUUGCUGAUCAGAAAUGAUUAUUAUAUCAGGCCCCAGUAUUAUAAAAUAAUUGAGGAGUGUGUUUCACAGAUUGUACUGCACUGCAGUGGUAUGGACCCAGACUUCAAGUAUAGGCAAAGAUUAGACGUUGAUUUCACUCAUCUGAUAGAUUCCUGUGUGAACAAGGCAAAAGUUGAAGAAAGUGAACAAAAAGCAGCAGAAUUUUCAAAAAAGUUCGAUGAAGAAUUCACCGCUCGACAGGAAGCUCAGGCUGAGCUUCAAAAAAAAGAAGAAAAAAUCAAAGAGCUAGAAACAGAAAUCCAGCAACUUCGAACCCAGGUAUUCUCUGGUUCAUCUGGUACUACAGGGCCUUCCCCAGCUCCUCCCAUUUCUGGUGCUGGGCCAUGUUCACCACCACCUCCACCUCCACCUCUACUUGGAGCAGGUCCUCCCCCACCACCUGGAAUGCUUGGUAUUCCACCACCACCACCACCUUUGUUUGGGGGACCUCCUCCACCACCACCUCCCCCUGGAGGAGUGUCUGUGAGUCUACCAUAUGGAAUGAAACAGAAAAAAAUCUAUAAGCCCGAAGUGUCCAUGAAGAGAAUCAAUUGGUCAAAGAUUGAGCCUAAAGACUUAUCUGAAAACUGUGUCUGGUUAAAAGUAAAAGAAGAGAAAUUUGAGAAUCCAGAUCUUUUUGCAAAAUUGGCCUUGAAUUUUGCCACCAACAUAAAAGUUUCAAAAAGUGCAGAAGCUUCAGAAGAAAAGAAGGCUGUGCCUAUAAAGAAGAAAAUGAAAGAAUUGAGGAUUCUGGAUACCAAAACAGCCCAGAAUCUAUCAAUUUUCCUGGGAUCAUAUCGUAUGCCAUAUGAAGACAUAAAAAACAUUAUUCUGGAGGUUAAUGAAGACAUGCUGAGUGAGGCUUUAAUUCAGAAUCUUGUGAAGCAUCUUCCUGAGCAGAAAACACUUAAUGAACUAGCGCAGCUGAAGAAUGAAUAUGAUGACCUCUGUGAGUCUGAGCAGUUUGGAGUUGUGAUAAGCUCAGUGAAAAUGCUGCCAUCUCGCCUCAAAAGCAUUCUUUUCAAGCUCACUUUUGAAGAACAUGUCAACAACAUCAAACCCAGCAUCAUAGCAGUAACUCUAGCUUGUGAAGAACUGAAGAAAAGUGAAAGCUUUAACAAACUUUUGGAGUUAGUUCUGUUGAUUGGAAACUACAUGAACUCAGGCUCAAGAAAUGCCCAGUCUUUGGGUUUUAAGAUCAACUUUCUUUGUAAGAUUAGAGAUACAAAGUCAUCAGAUCAAAAAACAACACUUUUGCAUUUUCUUGCUGAACUUUGUGAGGAGAAAUACAGAGAUAUUCUGAAGUUUCCUGAUGAACUGGAACAUGUAGAGAGUGCAAGCAAAGUUUCAGCCCAGAUUCUCAAGAGCAGUCUUACAGCAAUGGGAGAACAAAUCGCCUGUCUGGAAGGUGACAUCAAGAGAUUUCCAGAACCCGAAAGCCCACAUGAUAAGUUUGUGGAAAAGAUGAAGAACUUUAUCAAAACUGCCAGAGAACAAUUUGAAAAGCUAUCCACCAUGCACAAUAACAUGAUAAAGCUCUAUGAAAACCUUGGAGAAUACUUCAUUUUUGAUUCUAAGACUGUGAGCAUAGAAGACUUUUUUGGCGAUCUCAACAACUUCCGAACUCUGUUUUUGGAAGCCAUGAAAGAAAACAAUAAGAGAAAAGAAAUGGAGGAGAAGAGUAGGAGAGCCAAGCUUGCAAAAGAGAAAGCAGAACAAGAAAAGGUAGAGCGCCAGAAGAAAAAGAAACAACUUAUCGAUAUGAACAAAG